AUGUCAUCUCGACCUGAUCGCAACAUGCCAAGCUCUCCGCUCUCACCCAGGAUGGACUCGCUCAACAUUCCCUCGCAGGCUCGCCGUCGUCCCCCUCUCGCCCACAUGCGUCAAUCAUCAGGAACUGCAGCCAACUUGCGCCUGCCCUCCCUGCCGCGUUUCCACCCAGCCAACUUUGCCUCGCAAGGCUCCAGCGCCGCAGGGACCCCGACAACGAAUCCAAAUUCGCCACAGCCCCCGCUCUCUCCACGGGCCCACCAGAGGCACUACUCUGAGGUUCAGCGUCAGAUGUACUCUUACCAACAACAACUCAUGGUCAACGCAGCUCGCCAGGCACGCGCGAACCCAAAACCCUCGAGCCCCAAGCUUGCCCCUCUUGAUAGCCCUGGACCUGUCACUCCUAUGGAGCUGGAGGGUGCUGACGGCUACCUCACGGCUCGAAUGAGCUCUAACGACGCGGCCGCCCAUGUUGAGAAGCUGAUCCGGGACGAGGCCGCCCGCCGUGGCGACAUCUCACCGGGACGAACCACUUCUGUUGGAGGUCGGUGA